AUGGCAACGACCGUUACCGCAACCACCCUUGCGGACACCCUCCAGGAUUAUCACAUCCAUCUAACAGGUGUCGAGGAUGCGCCUCCAGUGCAAGUAACGGCGCGACAGUCGCAGGCGCAAAAUCCACCACAUUGGCCACAAAACUACCGCCGCGUGCCGCCAUACCGUCCUAUAAACCGGCAUCUCAAUCCAGCCGAGCGGCCGAGCGGAGCAAGUACCGGCGAGUAUAUCUUCGUCAACGUGAUGCUGAAUGGGGUGCGCAUCAAUUCAACACACCUACGCACUGCAUCCAACACAAACCCUCACUCUUUGACCACGCCCAACGCAUUCCGUGACAUUGCUGAGACUUUCGUAGACGAGGAAAAUAGCCUCAUCUUCGAGAAGAAUGUCUCCAUCCCUCUCACAGCCGAUGGGUCCGUUAUUCGGUGCAACGUGUACCGGCCCAAAGCCCAGGGCAAAUACCCCGUCCUGGUCACGUACGGGCCAUAUGGGAAGGAUAUCUUCUACGGAGACUUCCACCCCAAAUCCUAUUCGGAGGUGAACCCCGAGCAUAAAUCCAAAUAUGCUGCAUGGGAAACUCCCGAGCCUGUAUUCUGGACUGCCCGCGGCUAUGCGAUUGUACGGGCCGAUGAGCGAGGCCUGGGCCAGUCCCCUGGCGUGUUGGACACAAUGUCUGCUGGCACGGCAAACUGCUUCUGCCAGGUUGUGGAAUGGGCAGCAGACCAAAUGUGGUCAUCGGGCAAGGUGGGUCUUUUGGGCGUCAGCUACUAUGCAGGAAGCCAAUGGCGCGUGGCAGCAAAACGGCCGAAGGGUCUCGCGUGUAUCAUCCCCUGGGAAGGAAUGUCCGACUAUUACCGCGAUCGUUGUCGCCACGGGGGCAUUUUUUCGAAUAACUUUAUCAAUUUCUGGUGGCACCGUCAGGUCAUCACGAACCAGUACGGUCGACCGGGGAGGGCAGCUGACAAGUGGGGAGAGGACACCAUCGAAGGUGAUGUGUCACCUGAAGAGCUCCUGGAUAAUGUCCGCGACCAGAACCUGGACAAUGAUGCGAACCGAUUCCUCGAUGAUGAGUAUUAUGCGUCCAAGGCCUUUCCGCCAGAGGCUAUUGAGGUUCCACUUCUAUCGGUGGCUAACUGGGGAGGUAUUUCGCUUCACCUGCGAGGAAAUGUCGAGGGCUACGUGUAUGCCGGCUCAAAAUCUAAGUGGCUGCGAUUCAUUGUUGGACGCCACGAUCUCCCAUUUUACUACAAAGAGGAAGUUGAUGUGCAGGUGAGUUUCCUCGAGGCGUUUCUUAAAGACAACGACUACGCCGGGUGGAAGUCUGGACAAGUUCCUCCCGUUAGUGUUUGCUUGCGUAAGGGCAAUGUCGGGUUUGACAACCCCGAGGGCGAAAAGACUUUUCCCCGUCGCGAGGAACAGGAAUGGCCGAUUGCGCGGACGGUUUAUACAAAGUACCAUCUCACUCCGUCGCUCGUCAUGAACGAGUUGCCACGGCCAGUGGCGAGCCCAACACGGCUCUCGUACAAAGUAUUUGGCUCUCCGGCCGACUCCCACAUGCUUCAAUUUAACACGGCACCUGCAACGUCCGAGUACGAAGUCACUGGUCACAUUACCGCGCAUCUCAACGUCUCCAUGACUAGCGCAAUAUCGCCUCCACCAGCCAAACUCGAUCUGGAUCUCUUCGUCACAUUGAGGCACCUUUCCGCCACAGGAGCCGAGAUAUACUACACUGGCUCGUCCGGUGAUGCAGUUCCCGUAACCAAAGGAUGGUUGAGGCUCAGCAUGCGCAAGGUGAACGAAGCCAGUCCCCGUCAUCGGGAUUUCCUUCCGUGGAGAGAGUAUCGCUCGACAGAUGUUCUUCCGGUCAAAAGCGGCAAUAUCUAUACAUGUGACGUGGAACUAUGGCCGACAAACGUUGUUGUCCAGGAGGGUGAAACUCUCAUGUUUGAGAUCGCUUCAGAGGACACUCAGGGCGCUGGCUUGUUCAAGCACAACUCUCCAGUGGACAGGCCAAGGGAGGUGUUCGAGGGGGAGAAUCACAUUCAUUUUGAUGACUCUAUCGAGAAUUACUUGGUGCUUCCAAUUAUUCCAAAAGCGGCCUGA